AGGUGCCGAGAUGCGGUUCGAGAUUCUCCCUGGACUUGCCGUCAUGGGCACGUGCUUGAUCAUCCCCGGAGUGGCCACUGCGUACAUCCACAAGUUCACUAAUGAUGGCAAGGAAAAAAGAGUUGCCCAUUUUGUAUAUUAUUGGAAUUUGAUGGAAAGAGAUAGGCGCAUCUCUGGAGUUAAUCGUUACUACGAGUCAAAGGGUUUGGAGAACAUUGAUUAAAGCAGCAUUUUCCUGAUUGAUAAAAAAAUAACUCAGUAAUGGUCAUCUACUCCUGCUAGAAGGUUAUACAGUGUAUUAUGUAGCAUGCAGUAUGUUAUAUAAUGCUUAAUAAAAAUAAAAUGACAGAAAAAAAAA